UGUAACCAUGAGUCCUCUUCUUGCUCCUUAUCUUAUCCGUAUGGGUGCAACUGUGCGAGGGAGGAGUAGCUAGCAGAGAAGAGUGUACUCGUGUGUUGUUCCCUUUUCAGUUUUCUUCAUCCAAAUACAUAAACAUUGUUGGGUUGUGGUCCGAAACCGAAUGGCUCUUUCCUUCUCUCAGUCGGUGGUUAAGGUUAACCACCAUCUCCCUCUCCCCAUCCGUCGAAACCCACCCUGCUCUACUUCGUUCCCCUUCCAACCCAACCCCAAAUUUCCAUCCCUAACCCUUGGAAUCCGAUGCUCCUCCGCUUCAGCUUUCAACGACAAAACCGUCAUUUCCCUCAAACCCAGAACUCCAAACGACGUUACUCUCACCCAAAACGACAACGCUUUUGCCUGUCGCGCUACAACUUCCCAAUUUGGAGUGCAAGAGAGUGACAAGUCAUAUGUAGAAGCCUAUGCCAUUGGGCGGAAUAUUCGUAUGUCUGCUGACAAAGCGCGAAGAGUGAUUGAUCAGAUUCGUGGACGAUCGUAUGAGGAAACACUUACUAUAUUAGAACUCAAAUGAAGGAAAGACAAUGAAAAGGGUCAGGCCCGUGGCUCGGGGACGAGCUUAUCAAAUUAGAAAGCGCACUUGUCAUAUAGCAAUCACUGUAAGAGGUUUACCUAGUAAGUCUGUCGUGGAAGCAACUCCUGCAUAAUCCUACAAGGGAUGAAAUAUUUGUUGUUAUGAUUGUACUCUUACCAUUAUACGCAUGAAUAUUUCCGCAUUUUGAUGUUAUGUUGUAUUUUGUGUAGUGAUUCAUAGAGGAUUAUAAGCAUGUUGUGAGUGUCUGGCUAUGACUGAACUGUUUGAAAAUUCAAUUUAGUUCUUAAAAUGAAAAUAUUUAGCUUCAACUUGUGUGAAGCGUGAGCAAUUCUGCUACAUCCCUGUUUAGUACAACAAUAAUCAAAAAUUCUUUUGUUGGU